AUGCACCUGUAUACGAUCCUCUUUGGAGUAUUUCAUCUGUCAGCGGUGAUUCAGUCGUCGGCACUCAAGCAGGACACUGGGGUUAUAUCUGCUCGUGUUGGGGAAAAUGUGACGUUACAUUGCUUCUAUGACAGCCAAGUGGCAAUGCACUUCUCCUGGUACCGACAAACCUUAGGAAGUGGACCUGAACUUCUGUCUAGUAUUUACAAAUAUGAUAAACCAUCCACAGUCUCCCGCUGGACGGAGAAGAACCCUCGUUUCUCUGUGCAAAGGAAGGAAGGGAUGAAUCAUCUCCACAUCUCUGACGUUCACUUAUCAGAUUCAGCUACGUACUACUGUGGAAGCUCACACUCCAACAUAGUGGACUUUGGAGAGGGAGUCUUUCUUAGUGUAAAAGGAGUCAACAUCAAGGAAAUAGUCCAGGGGCCAACAUCUGAGACAAUCCUGAAAGGAGGCUCUGUGACUUUCAACUGUACAGCACGCUUCGGGACCUGCGAUGGAGAACACAGUGUUUACUGGUUUCGACAUGGAUCUCGCCAAGCAGUCCUUCAGGCGCUCGGGGAUGGGUGUAAACAAGUCUCCACAUCAGGGCCUCCUUCACUGAACUGUGUCUACCAUUUGCAGAAGAUGAACCUGAGCUCCUCUGAUGCUGGAACCUACUACUGUGCUGUGGCCUCGUGUGGGGAGAUACUGUUCGGUAAUGGAAGCAAGCUGCUCAUCAAAGAUGAUGUUGAAGACCAAGCGGCACAGAUUACAAUCUUAGUCUGGCUCUCCAUAAUCAGAACCGGGCUUCUCUUAUUCUUUUUAACUAUUUGCUUCUUAUUUCACAUCACCAAAUGCGGGUGAUGUUUUUAAUGCAGAGGUUGGCUUUCUUAGUUCAAAGUGUUAACUUAGUUAAGAAUAUCUUUUACAAUUAUAUGUUAUCACAAGUUAAAAAAAUUCCAUCUAGCUUUCUGAUUUCGCUUUUUUGCUGUAUUAUAUUUUUCUUCAUAAAUGCAACUUUGACAAAGCUAUCCCAGAGUGUUCUUAUUUUUGAGUCAUUAUUUGUACGAUUAGAUGA